GUAUUUUGGAGAGUCAGUGUCAUUGAAGUCAACUAUAGGUCAAGAAGUAUCGUCGGUGCCAUGAUAGUAACAACAAAUACACACUUGAUGGUACACGCCGUGGGAGGGGGGUUCGUUCAACUGUCCCAUGGGCUAGGUAGAAGCCCCCCCCAGAGGGUGUCGAAUACUUCGCGUUCGUCCUGAGGCAAGUGCGCCACUACCCGCACUCCACAGCGAGGGUCGGCGUACAGCUGAAACAAAUACGGAAACGCGCCGUACGGACAUUCGAGCUGGUCCACCGCCGACGUCUGAUGCGAAUCCCUUGGAGCGUUGCGGGGGUCGCCUGGGGCGAAGGGUAACGAGCAAAAAUUGUACCGCGACAGGUUGGUCACGUACGUCACGCAAGCAGAGGUGUCGGCUGGCUCGUUCCAAAAGAUUCGCGUCCAUGGUUUGGCGUAGAUGGCGCCCAAGUCGGCGAUGACGGACGCUUUGGCCGUGUCCACGGCUGCCCGACAGAGGCUAGCGAGGGCACCGAGGGGGGACGUGGAGGCAGGGGUGUCUUGAGAAUCGGAGGCGACGAUUGAGUACACCAUGUUGCCAGGGACUUGGCGAUGGAGAGUCAGGUCGGGGCGGAAGUUCAUCAGCAUGCGUAAAUGCGACGGCCGGUGCAGCCGACUCGGCAACGACGACGUCACCCGCCAGAUGAAGGCGGACACUGCGUCGUUGGUACUAAUGCGACCAUGUUGAUGGGACGACGCGGCUUUGAGACGGUCGAGUUGGGCGGCGGAGAGCCGAUAGAUGGCCGAGUGCACAAGUCGAGUGCCCUUAGCGAAUGUUUGGUGGACCUUUGGAGUGGACGACACAAACAGCCAUGAGGACGGGGCCUGGGGUGGAUGGUCGUGAAGAGCCUGACGGAUCCAAUCAUAUGGACCUUUGGUUAUGCUCAUAGUAUCCGAGUUUACGCAACGGUUGUCAUGGCUCGUGGGGGUGGCCAGGGUGUUGGUAGAGCCUCUAGUUGUCGCAGCUGCCCAACUCGACAGGAACUCAAAGCACGACCCUCCGUCGCAGAUUCCAUGUGCAAACUCUGCACAUACGACGGUGCCACCGUCGCGUAAAUGCACGACCGACACAUGCAGAAGCGGAAUCGAGUAGCGGAUAAGCGUGCGAACAUCCUUUGGUUUGGGUGAAGAUGCUGUUGGUGGAAGAAAGCACUGCUUGACCAUGCGUUCCCGUGCAUGCCACUUUGUGGCAGAAGGGCACACGACGACGUCGCUCAAGGCGAGAGAACUGGAGCCUUCCGAGAACAUCACGCCACUGGUGGCUUCGUCCACGCGCACACAUACCCGAGAUGCGACGGAGUCGAUAGAUGGGACUGUCCAGUGCAUUCGACCUGCAAAGAUGGGGUGGCACACCAGGGCAGAGGCUAGCGACGAACGCAAGGCGAUGGUGUCAUGCAUCGUAGACGUAUACACCAACGUGAUGGGUAGCCACCGUCCGGCCGAAAGGAGCUCCAACGGCCCCAGCCGAAGGAGCAAAGGCUCCAAGGGCGGUGCCGGUUGAACCAACAGCGGCGACUGCCAUGUGGUUGGCCGAAAGGGUGACGGCAUCGCGUUG